ACACACACACACACACACACACACACACACGCUGCUGUGACAACGAGGAGUGGGCGAGAUAUUAUGUGAAGCUACCACGCCUCCCCCAGUCUCGAACUGAACAAGUCGUAAUGCGGAUUCCUACUGUGCGGAGAGGCUGCUGCGAACAUUAUGUCUUGUUUUUAUCAAGGUUCACGUGACGCCACAACAAUGGAGUUGCAACUCAUCAAUAAAGAGCUGACAUUUUGUGGUUGUAUCUAGACAGACGAGAAUGAGCGUUAUGUACACAAGAUUCAUCCUUGUCCGCCUGGCUCGCUGGCUCCGGCUCCAAAAGCCCCUGGCUCGUCUGCUUCUCCUGGCAGUCUUCCUCGUGGUCUGCCUGCACUUCUCUGCCAGGCUGAUGACGUCACUUUCUGGUAGAGGAAUCAGUCACGUGAAGACCAGGAUAUCGGCAGCUGGGAAGAGAGACCUUGAUCUAAUCUCGUUUCGGAAACUGUCUCAAGACUCUGGACUUGUCGGUGACGGAGACGGUAAUGUUGGCAGUGACGGUGAAGGUGAAGGCGAAGGUGAAGGUGAAGGUCACGAGGUGUACGCCGGGUUCAAACUUUUGAGGAAAGUGCUUCUGAGCAAUACAGAGAAAACAGCUGUACUGUCCGAGAUACUCAAGGGGGAUAGCCAUUCUUCAUCGCUUCCUCCUGUCUCUGCAGUUCUCACCUUACGUAAUUUUAUCUCUGGUCUUGAAGCUAUGAAGUAUCUACGAGGAGCGUUACAGUAUCUCCCGGAACAUCUGGUCACGGACAUCAUCAUUGUUCUGGACAUGAAAGCCAAAGAGUCGGAGAACACGGUCAUUGAGGACGCGAUGAGUGACUGUGAGAUCUGUCGAGUGUUCAUUCUGAACGGAACCGUCUACGAAAGCUUGAACUUCGCCGUCAAUUUUGCUCGAAACGAUUACGUCGCUUUCGUCGACUGUAGAGUCCAGUUAACGGAUUUCUGGCUGGAGCCAAUGGUGGCCAAACUAAUUGUGACUCCUAGAGCUGUCGUCUCACCCAACGUCCGGCUGGCUAGUUCUGACGGAAGUUUGGUCAACCUGGGAGUGUACAGAACAGAGAUCACGUGGGACCUGGGUGUUGUUCGAGGAGUGGACGAUAUGUUACUGCGCCUGGUGCAAAAGGAUAAACCGCUCUUCAUCGACCAAACAGCUGUGUCUAAAGAAGUGUUUGUAGUUCGGAAAGAUUUUUUCGUCCGUCUCGAGCGUUUCGACAUUUUACCCUUCACGUCCGGAGUAGAAGACGCUGCUCUGUCUCUGAAAGUUCUCAACUGUGGGGGGAAUAUUUUACAGUCUCGUUAUUCCGUUGUGUUUCUGCCCAUACCCACGGGCUCAGUGACCUCCAGCGUUCUGAGGAUGCAACCGGAUAUUCUUAAUCCUACUUUCAGUUUGCAGGAAUACAAGAUGGCCACUUCUAUGUUGACUACGUCAAAGAUUUGGAUGGACGCCUUCAGCAUACAGUACAUGGCCUGCGCGGCCAAAGGUAAGCUGGACCCUUCUUUUUAUCACUCUCGGCCUAUCGAAAAGUCGUAUGUCUUCACGGACUUAGACAACGAUGGAGCACUGCUAAAGCGAACUCUGAUCGCUAUGACGUGCAAACUGACAAAUUUUCGCUACAUGAUUCUGCUCCGUCAGCCAAAAAUGACGGUCCCCGACAAGGACUCGACCUACUUCGGCUACAUCCGCACCCUGAACGGUUUGUACGCUGUGGGUCUUCCGUCGACAUCGCCAACCUCCUCUGAGUCGAGGCUCUCCGAGGAAGAACGCUACCAAUACGUGUCUGAUAACUUUGUUCUUACCCGCAACUCCAGUCUGUGGAUUGGGCCUUUUUCUUACGCAAAAGGGAGUAUUAUUUAUAAAAACAAGUUCUGCGUUACGUACACAACCGGAGCCUAUUUGAGACUGACCAGGUGCUCGCCUCAGAGCCAGUACCAAGCAUUUGUCUAUAAACAUAACUCUCUGUCUCUCGCGUCUGAUCCGGACACAUGUGUGGGCGUCAAGGGGACAGAGGAUAUUUCUGCGCCGCUCAGAAUGAUGGACUGUGGGACGAGAGAGUCUGUGAAAGGAUUUAAGUUUGAUGUACAAUUUUUGGAGGACUGCGUAAAGUAAUGUUAGAAGAAGAAGAAGAAGAAGAAGAAGAAGAAGAAGAAGAAGAAGAAGAAGAAGAAAAAGAAACAACACUGAUCUUGUACAUUUUAUACCAGUUCUGAAUUUGUAGUAUUAUCGUCUGUAUCAAUGUGGUGUUGUGAAUUAUGUGAUGUUGAUGUUACCUCCACCUGUUGGUUGUUGUUUUUUCAAUUCGAGUGUUUUAUACUUUCAAGUGCAAUCCACAUAAUUUUGGGAAAAGGACCAAUAUGUUGUUAUUUAUUUCAUUCAAUUAUUAACUUAUCAAAACUCACGUGUGGAAACUAUUGUUUAGCACUGGAGCGGAGAAAUAAAUGAAGACUCAUUUU